CAGAAAGUUGAAGACUUGGACAACAAAGUUAGGGUUCUUGAGAAACAAAACAUGCAACUAAAGGGCAAGCUCCAAGUCAGCAGGCAGCUUAUUUCUACAGCUACCCAAUUUCAAAGCACUUAUUCUAAGGUGCAGCCUCGGGUAAACUCUGGUUUACGCCGUCCCAUUCAGAAGCCUCGUCUAUUUGGAAAUGAAUCUUCAUUUACAGCUGCAUCUUUGCCGAAGAAAAUGGGAGCUUCUGAUUUAGUCCAUGCGCCCCCAUAUGUUGUCAGCCUUGUCAGGGAAGCAAAAGAAGAAAUUGAGAAACUUGAAGCAGUUGUGGAAUCUCAGCGCUUACAGUUGGCUGAAGUGGCUGAGCAGGCACGCUUUAGGGAAGUGGAACUUCAGACAGAAUUAUCUGAGAUGAAGGAGCAGGUGAAUAAGGGCCAAGUUCGCUACAUCCAGGGAAAUGUGGAUAUCUUGAGUUUACGGCGAGAUGCAGAACACUAUGCUCUCAGAGAAUCGACCUUCAAAUCUGAGCUUGAAGCUCUUAACAAGUUGCAAUCAAUUAUUCAGAGCACAGCAGCGAUGCCUUCGCAGCCUUUGUGUCGCCUGCUGCAAAAUGGCACUGUUUAAUGUGAUUCUGAAUUUCAGCACAUAUAACAUGAGUAAAAUGGAGAGAGUGAGUGCUCACAACAACAUUUUGAUGGGUGAGGUAGAUCAACUGGCAUCCCAACUGAGAACAGAGCAAGCGAAAAGUCUUCAGCUGGAAGAGAAAUUGAAUGCUUGUGAGGCUGUGCAAAAGACAAUUGCAGAGCUUGAACAGCGGCUUGCUGAUCUUCAACAGGAGAAUGAAAUCUUGAGAACUGCUAAUGAACAGCUUCUAAACAGCAUUGAAGGAAGUGAUGUGGAUGAAAAUAAGUGGCUUGAAGAGGCUGGGGCUCUCAAGUUGCAGAUUACUCAGCUGGAAGCAAUUAUCAAGUCUGACAACGAUGAAAAAGUGGCUCUUGAAAAAGAGCUAUCAGAAAGAAUAGAGCUAUACCAAAGUCUCCAAGAAGAACAUGGAAAUCUGGAGAAGGCUCAUGCUGAGAUAACAGCCCGGCUAGAAACUGUUCAGAAGGAUUUUCAGGACUUUCAGAAGGAGACGCAUAAUAAGGCAUUGUCGAUGGACAAAGUCAACCUGCCCGAAAGUUCAGCAAGUGCCUUUGGUGCGAUGCAAACAAAUGGCCUUAGUCCCUCCGUUCCUGCGAGUAGAAAACAGUGUCUUGACAAAGAAGUGCAAGCUACUCUUUUGGAAAAUGGCUAUGACGAAAUGACAAAGUUGAAGGAAGAGCAGCAGAUGAUGAUAGAGAAAGAACGGCUUCGUAUUAGCAAGCUUCAAAGUUUGCUGACAGAGAAAGCUAAGAAGAUUGAGGUUUUAGAAAAGCAUUUGGCCCACAUUCCAUCCAAGCAAGUCCAAGUGACCGAAGUUUGUGCGCCAAAUGAAGCGGAUGAUGAACACUGCCUUAGUUUGGUCAGAAAAGGGCAAAGCUUUCUGGAGAUACAUCUCAACAAGAUAACAUUUGUGACCAGGCAAGAUGCACUUGAAAACUGUGCUCCUCCCCCUGUGUUUGCAACGUGGACAUUUGCUGACUUUCAACCACAGUCAACGCCUGUCGCUACUGGAAAAUGCCCAGAGUUCAACUGCACCGCUCGCUAUGCUGUUGCUGUAGAUUCAACCUUUAUAGAUUACCUUCAUAAGGACUCUGUACAGAUUCAAGUACAAGCUGUGCAUGGUGCUGACAUACACAGCUUGGGCACCUGCCAUAUUGAAUUGGACCCUGCACUGCAACAUCCGUUCAAGUGCAAUUAUGCUCAGGCAGCACUUGUUGGUGUCCAAGACGGGCAGCACAAGCACCUUGUUGGAACUUUGAGUUAUUGGGUUCGUUUCUUACCUGCUGCUGAUCCAGCCAGAAGGCUGUUGGGUCUUUCAGUGCCAAUGCCACCACCAAAAGUGUUGCCUCAUUCUGGACAUCAAAGCAAAAAGCAGAAUGGAGAAAUGGGCAGUGCUGUGUACAAUGAGCUUAAAGUCAGCAUUGUUCGCUGUAUAACAAUACCAUCAAAACAAGGACAUCUGCAGAAGAGCUUAUAUUGCUGCUAUCAGCUGUGUGACUUUCCGGAGCAACAGACUGGGUUUGCGACUGCAGUUGACAACAGCGUUGAUUUUCAUCAUACUUACACUUUUCCUGUCAAAAUGGACAGCCAGCUUCACAAACAACUCCUUUCACAGAGCUUGGUACUGCUAUUACUUGAAGAUGGUGCUGAGCCUGGUUAUUUUGUUGGAAAAGCAUCUGUGCCUUUGUCUCCACUGGCCACUGGGCAAGCAGUGCAAGGGCCUUUUCCACUAUUUAGUCCUUGGGGCGAGGAUGCAGGCUUGGUGGAAUCAAAAAUCACUUGGGAGCAUAAGUACAAUCCUCCAAGAAAGCCUGUACCUAGAGCAAGAUCAAAAAAUGAAUUAAGUGCUCAUAAAUCGAAGAGAUUGCCAUCAGCUCAGUAUCGCGCUUCUGCAUUGCGGAUGCUGCCUGCUACCAGUGACACGACAAAGGACCCACAGUAUGCUUUGAGGCCUCAAGAAGCAGUUAUGAAUGAACGUGAAAAUACUUUGAGAUCACACUCACACAAAGGAAGUAGAGACAGAGGUGAACGUGCCGAGAGCAGCUCCUUGACAUCUGUGUCCAGUUUGUCACCUGCAAGUGGAAGCAUCAGUGCUCCAG